CUAUUUACAUAUUUUCUCUUUUUCUUUUCUUUUAUUUUGAAAAUGGAGUCGCUGGUGUUACUGAGCAGCACCAGAGAGACUGGAGGUUUUUCAAUGGAAGGUUUUGUGUGUGUGUGUGUGUGGACCGAUGGUGUCGUAUUCUCCGCUUUAGCUGCGUCACGAGUCUGCUCAAGUCACCGAACAAAUAAUCAAAAGGGAGUGUAAAAAAAAAAGAGGAAUGUAUAAAAACCCUACGUCCAGGAAGAGAGAAAGAGAAAGAAUGAGAACUUUGGUCGAAAGAGGAAACCUAUGAUGAAAGUCAGGAGGAUCAAAGCACACGAGAAGCAAAAAGUUAUCGGCAGUCUGUGUAGUUAUACGACUGGGUGUAGAAGCCGCCAGCCAGCCAGCUAGCGAGCCCUUCUUUUUUCUCCCAACUGAUAAAACUCACGUUCCACCGAGCCCUGCCACUUGAACGAAAGCCACAGCCCAGUUCACUCGUCUUUCUCUUCAUCCAGGCAGGGUGCAGCUCUGUUUCAACAAUUUUAUAUAUUGGCUCUCAUCCAGACUACGUGAAACAGAGAGGGCCCUUUGUUUACUCCCGACCAGUGCAGAGCUCUCGCCUAUCUUCUUUUUUCGAAAGAAAUGAAAACAGAAGAGGUCAAAUAUGUCUAUCAGUCAGAGGGGCCACUACUGAUGCCAAAGACGAAAAACGGAGCCGUUUACCAGGAGACGACCGUCAGCAAUCGCGCCAAAGAUGUGAAAAAUCAACAAGCUCAUUGCUGCUGGCCGAGCCACCUGUUUUCCCGUUUGAGACUCGUUCUCUCCUGUUUGGCCAUUAUGGCUUGCCUCGUUGUUAUCGCGGUGUUGAUGACUAACGGAAUCAAGGCAUCAAACAGCCGAGAACAGGCACAAGAAGCGGAAAUUACCAUUUUGAAGGACCUAGUCGAGAAUCAGCAGAGCAGAUUACAUCGGAUGCAAAAGGAACUCCAGUUUUUAGUUACCCGCCAAAAGGCUUACGAGGCCAAAGAGGAUAGCUUCCGCCGAAGAAUCGGAACGAUCGGAACUGGAACCGGAGCUAAUGUUUGGCCGACUCUAGACGAAGACCUGAGCCAAGAUUCCAGGAUCCAAGCGGCCGACUCUGAAUUGCCUUUACUUCCACGUCUCAGCGGCCAACCGCAGCAAUCGGAAGUGACACCGAGCCAAGAAGAUGACGUUGACGUCGACAAGUUACCGCGGGCGUCAGCCAAUAAGAAACGCAAGGGCAAAAUGCCGUUGGAUGACCAACAGAUUUUGUGAAAAGGAAAUUCUCUCAAAUCUUAAACAAAACAAUUUUUUGAAACAAAAUUUACUUACACAAAGAGCCACCAUCUAUCGAUUGGAUAAUAAUCCGAAUUAACCAACAUUUUUUUAUAAAACCAAAUUUCCUUUUUUAAUAGCCACAGUGUUCUACGCCCUUAAUUAAUAACUUGUGUAUGAUUUAAUUCUAAUAGUAUACUUGUUAUACGAGAUACCAAAGCAAACAAAAAAGCUUUUUCUUUCUCUUUGUCUCUCCAGACAUCCAUCUGAAACUUUCUUCUCCCGGCAGACAAUAGAUCGUAUUACACAACCGCAAUGUA